AUGCGCCCGGCCUCGCUCUCGACCUUGCACUCGACCUUGCACAUUGCGCCCUCAACCGUCCUUGCCGCCGCUGAGCCUGUCGACGACACCCCUCCCGCCGUCCAACGCCCCUCACCCACUUCCGAGCGUCGCCACGUCGUCGAAGCCGCCGCCCGGAGCAGCCAAUCUUUUCGCGCCUCAUCGUCCAGCGGCUGCGCUCGCGGCCAGCGGGAGUUGAUUCUGCCCAAGCGACUGUCCCAGUCUAGUUCUUCAGAUGAGAGUCGGCAUUCGUCGCCCUGCCGCCCUCCGGUCUCGUAUAAGCUCUCCGCCACCAACAGCAGCAGCGCCCGACGCGGUGCCUCGACGCCCGUCCGCGUCCCGCCCAUCCGGGCCUUUCGCUCUUCCAGCUCGCGCAGGAGCUUCCCGCUAGACAACUGCAGACCACGCCCCGACGGCAUGGCUGACGACCGGACCCUUCGCGCGUUGGAGGGGAGAUAUGACGAUAAUGCCCUGCACGUCUCCGCAACCGGCCCCAACCUUCGGCAGCAAGGCCCGAGCGGCGACGACACUGGCGAUGUCUUCCUCAGGAUCGCUCGAGAGGAGCCUGCGCGCGGUGCGGCGGAUGACGCUAAUGCCGACACCAAGCAGAACUCGUUCGUGGCUUUCCAGGAUCCAAACCCGGACAACUCGGGCUACGGACGCAGGCGUGCUUCCAUCACCGAUGGCAACAGCCCCGUGGCGACGAGUCGGUCGUCGUCUCACAAGAGCUCCGCAACAGGGCCAAGCCACCACAAAGCCUACAACUCUUCACCCCUGGUCCGAACCUAUGACUCGCAAAACCGGCCCAGCCCUGAGCAGCCUCAUGGAAUCGAGGGGACAGAGUCGACGGCGUCCACCACGGCCCCAUCUACGGUUUGGGACGAGCUGGACGAGCUCAAAUCAAGGAUCCACCGCCUCGAGCACACGGGCAAGUUACCCUCGAGCUCUGGAACUGCAACCUCGAGGCUGUCAGACGAGCGGCCCGCGACGGCGACAACUACGGGCACGACCAUAUCGCUGUCGCCGAAUCGGCAGGCAGGGCGAUCGGCGGAAAUGGCAAGCAACGUCUCCUCUCAGAAGGAGGCCCAUCACAUCCUCCACUCGGCCCUUGCCAAGUCGAGGCCCUUUUUAAACCCAGACGUCUACCGAGCGCUCGAGUCCGCGGCUCAUGACGCCAUGGGACUCUCGGCCCUGAUGGGGAGUACGGGGACCCCGGGGCCUAUUUCCAGCGGAGCCAGCACCAUCGGGUCGGGGGGCAAUGUCACCGAUCGCCAACUUCGCAGAAAAGCCGACGGCGUGUGUCGCAGUCUAACGGAGCUGUGCGUCGCCCUCGGCGAAGACGCCGCGGCUCUUCCCAGAUCUGCUCACUCAACGCAGUUGACCUUCCCCGUCGGCCAGCUCGACGGCCCGGUGACUCCGACGAUGCCCAAGUCGUUCAGCGGGCUGCCCGUGCCCCGCCGAGCCAGCGUCGCCACCGAGCAGGCCUUGCCCAAAUCCAACAGCAGCCCAAGGGCCCUGUCCCGGCUGGAGGAGCGACGGAAUAGUCUCCUCAACGGAACAACCCUGCUCACCCCACAUACGAGCAGCCCAAACCGUUCCACGAUGGGCGACUUACCCAACGCGAGCCGCAGAUCAUCGCUGAUGGUCACUCGAACCCGAAGGGCGGGCGCUGAGGAACCCGAGGAUGGCAGAAAUACGUCUCUCCUGAGAACCCGGCGUGCGGGGACGGAAGAGCCCGAUGAAGGGCGGAGGACGUCACUCCUGGUGCGGAACCGCAGGGGGACAGUGGGCGAAGAGGGCGACGAAGCCAGAUUUCAUGCGCCAUCCCGCGCCAACACCGAUAUCAACAUGAUGCGAAAGCAGGGUCACGAUCACUCCCCGGACGCGCAGAUCACCCCGCCCGACCCCAUGGCACGGUCUGCAACUGGCUUGUCCGGGCGCCGCUUCGUUUCCACGACCCUCCAUUCCUCCCGCCUGGCCGCCCCUGCAGGCGGGAGCCCCGCACUGCCUAGACGGUAUCUCGAAAGGUCGGUGGCCGACCACGAUACCCCCGCUCGGGCAAGCGAGGAACACGGACCGAGGGCGCCUCCUCUGAGCCAGGGUAUAUCGCACCUCAGGGCGAAUAGCCUGAGCAUCAAGAGGCUCAGUCGGGACAGCAUGAUAUCUGCGACGUCCUCAGCUACGAUGGCUGGUGGGUAUAGAUGA